AUGGCAAAGCCUCUAUUCCUGGUAGCGUCUCUUCUAGUUUUAGGAAAUGUUUCAUUCAUCCAUGCCGGGUUUCCGCCAAGCCUCAUCGUCGAUAUGGUAAAAAUUGUCUUAGACAAUUACUGCUCGCCAGAGAAGCUGGCAGGACUGAAGGAAGCCAUCGCAGCAGCGGGCAGUAAUACGGCGAUCCUCAAUAUUCCAGAUGGUGAGUCUUUGUCGAGAGUCCUUAGCGCCGGACUCCAGACUACAAUCAAUGACCCACGCUUGAAGCUCUCGUAUGAGCCAGCCUUCGUCCCCGUGGUUGCCCCGCAGAUGCCUGCCCUGCCCCCUGAGCAACUUGUCGCCAUGCUCCAGAACGCAAUCAAGUUGGACAUAUUGGAGGGCAACAUAGGGUACAUGAGGAUCGACCAUAUCCUCGGGGAGGCGGCCGCAGACAAGGUCGGCCCGAUGCUUGUAGACUUAGUCUGGAACAAAGUCCUGCCCACAUCAGCUCUAAUCUUUGAUUUGCGUUACACGAGCAGCGGGGACGUCACAGGACUUUCCUACAUUGUCUCGUACUUCACCGCAGCAGAGUCUGUGAUUCAUAUCGACAGCGUGUAUGACCGUCCGUCAAAUACUACCACUAAACUGAUGUCAAUGCCCACGCUUUUGGGUGAACGAUAUGGCACAACUAAACCUCUCAUUAUCCUUACAAGCAAGAACACUAAGGGCAUUGCUGAAGAUGUCGCCUACUGCCUCAAGAACCUGAAGCGGGCUUCCAUUGUUGGAGAGAAGACCGCCGGGGGCUCAGUCAAAAUAGAUCAAUUUAGAGUGGGUGACACAGACUUCUAUGUUACUUUGCCGACAGCAAAAUCCAUAAACCCCAUCACUGGUUCGUCCUGGGAGCAAACAGGCGUCACCCCCGAUGUUAAAGUCAAUGCAGAGGAUGCCCUCGCUACAGCCAUCAAGAUACUUGAACUCCGCGCCCAAGUACCUGCCAUCAUUGAGGGUUCAGCAGCCCUUAUCGCUGACAACUACGCCUUUGAGAAGACAGCUGCGGAUACUGCAGCAAAAUUGAAAGGUCUGCUUGAGAAUGGCGAAUACAGCAUGGUUGUUUCGAAGAGUGGCCUUGAAGAGAAACUGACUGCAGACCUGAAAACCCUGUCAGGAGACAAGAACCUGAAGACUACAGCUAACACCCCCGUCCCGCCACCAGUUAAUUAUACUCCAGAGAUGUUCAUUGAGCUGAUCAAAGUCUCCUUCCAAACGGACGUCUUUGAGAACAACAUCGGCUACCUGCGGUUUGACAUGUUCGGAGACUUCGAGGAGGUCAAGGCCAUUGCCCAGAUUAUUGUGGAACAUGUGUGGAACAAAGUUGUCAACACUGAUGCAAUGAUUGUUGACCUCAGGAACAACCUCGGUGGGCCCACAACAGCGAUCGCUGGUUUCUGCUCUUACUUCUUUGAUGCCGACAAGCAGAUUGUACUGGACAAGCUGACCGACAGACAGUCUGGCACCUCAACAGAACUCCAGACACUGCCUGAGCUCACGGGUACAAGGUACGGAUCCAAGAAGAGUCUGAUCAUCCUGACCAGCGGAGCAACAGCUGGGGCAGCAGAGGAGUUCGUCUUCAUCAUGAAGAGGCUGGGGCGCGCAAUGAUAGUGGGAGAGACCACUUUCGGGGGAUCUCACCCACCUAAGACCUUCCAAGUUGGUGACAGCGACAUCUUCCUCAGUAUCCCCACAGUUCACUCAGACAAUAGCAUGGCGCCAUCCUGGGAAAAAAGUGGAAUUGCACCCCACAUCCCCGUCGCGGCGGCGGCAGCCCUUGAAACAGCAAAGGGCAUUUUUAACAAGCACUUGGCCGGUCAGAAGUGA